AUGGUGAAAGAACAAGCAAAUCAUCAACUAGCUCAUGCUGUACAAAAUCCAAUCCUGAUGGCGAAUAGUAGCAUGCGUACCAUGAGGGAGUACGCGUCCCUUGUACUGUAUGAUUUCUCUCCAAGAAUCUUAUACCCAACGCCGGAUGGAACCAGGUUCGAGAUGAAAUCUGUUAUGCUCCAAAUGCUCCAAACUGUUGGACAAUUUGGGGGUGGUCAUGGUGAAGAUCCUCACACCCACAUGAAGCGUUUCCUGGAAAUGUGUAAUUCAUUUGUGAUUCCCACCCCAGAGGCGAUUAGGUUGUCCUUGUUUCCCUAUUCUUUGCGUGAUGACGCAAAACAAUGGGUGAGUUCACUAGAGCCUGGUGAAAUCACCACCUGGGGAAGUUAG